CUCUGCACGUGAGUAGGGAGGGAGUGCUGGCGGAUUAGCGUGCUCUGAUCAUCACAGUCUACGUGCUACCAUAACAACAGUGAAUGAAGAAAGGCAGUUUAGAAUACAGUUUUCUCCUCAUUGCUCGUGUUUGUCAGUGUGAGCAUCUCUCUCUCUGAAUUUAAAUCAUCCUUCGGCCACUAACCAUGUCUCUGUCAGGUUCGCAGACUCCAGAGGACGGCUUGUACGACACUUGGGUGGAGCUGGAGGAGCUGCUAUCAGCGGUGAGCAGCAGGGAGAGUCUGACAGGACAAGAACAGGACACAGCCUCCUGGGCCCUGCAGGGGGAGCUACAGAGGAUCCUGCUAGAGGCACAGCUCGAGAGUAAAGACAGUCCUCCACAGGUGGUUACUCCUCCACAGACUGUUGUUUCCCCUCCCCACAGUGAAGGCAGCAGCAGUACAGACUGUGUUACCAUACAGUCCGAAGAAGAAGGGGAGAGGGGGCUGAUUUCUGAGUGGGUAUGGGACUGGUCCAGUCGGCCUGAGAACCUUCCACCAAAGGAGUUUGUGUUCCAGCACCCGAAGCAGCAGUCAGGCUCCCUGAGUGUAAGGAAGAGUGAGGUGAUGAAGAGAGGCCUGUUCUCCUCCGACGUCCUCAUGAUCCUCAUCCCCUCACUGCUGGUCUCACACCUUCUCACACUGGGAGUGGGGAUAUACAUAGGGAAGCGAUUGGCUGCCUCCACAACUAGCACUCUGUGAUAUAUGCUUCAGGGUAGCGCUCCCAUUUGUUGACGGCAGACCAAUAGGAAUGGCAGCCCUUGCCACAACACACCCGUUGCCCCCCUCUCUCGCUGUCAUGGGGCAACAUAGGACCAGGCCUUUCUUUACCACUGUCUCUCUGUCUGUCUCAAUAUGUCUGUCUGUCUGUCCACCACCCACCAGCACGUUGUGUGUCUGUCCAUCAGUCAGUCACCCAGCAUCUCUGAAUCUGUGAUUGUCCCAGGGCCAGAGAGAGUGUGAGUGUGAGUGUGAGUGUGAGUGUGAGUGUGAGUGUGUGUGUGUGUGUGUGUGUGUGUGUGUG